CUGUAGAAACCCCUCUGCAUAUAUAUCGUGCUGGCCUAGAAGAAACCAAUUCACCAUGGCGAAGAUGGCAAGGUCGACGAGGAGGAUGUCUAAUCUCAAUAGCACCUUGCUGCUGCUAUCGCUGCUGCUGCUUACCUGCUUCUUCCAGCAGGCCAGCGGCCAUGGCGGCGUCGACCAUGGUGACGGCGAUGAGGACGACGAGGGCCACCACGGCGACGUGGGCGUCCGCGGUGGCGGGCUCCGGUCCAGGGGCCUCAUCGCCGUGAAGGUGUGGUGCCUGGUGAUCCUGCUGGUGUUCACCUUCCUGGGCGGCGUGUCCCCCUACUUCUACCGCUGGAACGAGGCCUUCCUGCUCCUCGGCACCCAGUUCGCCGCCGGCAUCUUCCUCGGCACCGCGCUCAUGCACUUCCUCGCCGGCUCCACCUCCACCUUCAACGCCCUCACCCACAGCCCCUACCCCUUCUCCUUCAUGCUCGCCUGCGCCGGCUUCCUCCUCACCAUGCUCAGUGACGUCGCCAUCGUCGCCGUCGCCAACAGGCAGAGGGUCAACCAGGCGGCGCCCAUCCAGAAAGACGCGGAGGAGGAGGGCGAGUCAACGUCGGCGGGGCCGGUGGCGGCGCACGCGCACCCUAUGCUCAUGACGGCGACGUCGUCGUUCGAGGAUGCGAUCCUCCUCAUCUUCGCGCUCUGCUUCCACUCCAUCUUCGAGGGGAUCGCCAUAGGCGUUUCGGCGACGAAGGGCGAGGCAUGGAGGAACCUCUGGACGAUCGGGCUCCACAAGAUCUUUGCGGCGGUGGCCAUGGGCAUUGCGCUCCUCCGAAUGAUCCCCAAGCGCCCGUUUCUCAUGACGGUGCUCUACUCGCUGGCGUUCGCCGUGUCAAGCCCGGUUGGGGUGGGCAUCGGAAUCGCCAUCGACGCCACGGCGGAGGGCCCGGCGGCAGACUGGACAUACGCCAUCUCCAUGGGGAUCGCCACGGGGAUCUUCGUCUACGUCGCCAUAAACCACCUCAUGGCCAGGGGGUACCGCCCACAGCAACCAAAUUACUUCGACAAGCCCAUCUUCAAGUUCCUCGGUGUGCUCACCGGCGUCGCUGUCAUGGCCGUGGUCAUGAUAUGGGACUGAUGUAUCCAUCUGUUAAAUCGAGUGGGUGAUUUGAUUUGACUCUUCACGUGCAUAUACAGAUUGCUUAAUUUCACUUUGGUUUUUCGGUGUGGCAUUGUACACAUAUGUGUUUAUCUGAACUGCAUACAUUUGGUAUAUGUUUGGAUUGUUUGUGUGAACGAGCGGUCAUGACGUGAAGGAUAAUUUUCUACAACAUUA